AUGGCAGAUCCACUGAGCGUUACCGCUAGCCUUUUAGCGCUAGUGACGUUUGCAGCUAAAUCAACACAGUCGUUGCAUCAGUUAAUCUCGAGCUUUAAAAGCAGUCAAAGAACUAUACGAGGCUUGAAAGAAGAACUCGAAGCCUUAAAUGAGGUCCUGCAGUCUCUCCAUGCUACUAUCAGCAAUGGAAAGGUCGACCUAACAUCGCUAACACUUCCUCUUACUCGAUGUAACCAGGCUUGUCAAGAAUUCGAAGCGAUAGUGCUAAAAUGCACGAAGCAUUCCAGUGGAACAAGGAGGAGCCUUCGCGACUGGACUACUCUAACUUAUAUGGGCGGUGAUAUUAACGCAUUUAAGAAUAUGCUAGGAGGCUAUAAAUCCACAAUUGCUAUUGCUCUUGGUGACGCCAACAUAAGAACGACUAAUGUCACGAUUUCUCUCCUAAAUGAAUAUAAUACGAUGAUCGCAAACACCACCUCUGAUCUCAAAGAGCACUUGCAAGAGUUAGAUGAGAAGCUACAGGCUAUUUCACAAGGCGCUCAGGCAUUCAAUGUGGAUAAUUUAGAGCAACAACGAAUCAAAGAAGAGCGAGAAAGUGCACAGAGCUGUUUAGAUAUCUGCAUUCAAGUUUCUGCACACAUCGAUGAUGUACAACAGAAUGCUUUUGUGAACACUGCUGGGACAUCAGCAAACAAUCAAGACUCUGCGGCCGAGUCCAAGAAAUUUACACUAGCAGAAGCAGUCACGAACAAUACUCUCACUGACUGCAAGUUGGGCCUAGCCCAAACCACAUCUCAGCUUAGAGAACAGCUCCACAGGAUUAAUGAGCAGAUGCGCAGCUCUUCGCAACUUCUUACUCCAUCCGGCGAACAGGCAAUAGAGCAAGAAAGAAUAAGAGAAGAAUUAAGGAGCGUUGAACAAAGUUUGAAAAUCUGCUCAGAAGCAGCUGAGAAAGCAGUUCCAGAUCGAAUACAUGUCUUCGAAGAUGUCUUGAUGGGUGACGAUGGUGAUCAAAUCAUUGUUGCAACUUUUGGAGAUCUGAUCUCCGCGAAGCGCGUGACGACUGGGUCUAGAUCGAGACAAUUCCUUGGACAGAUGUCAGAUACUUCUCUUCAGCUGCUUUCACAGAAGAUCAGUCGCGGCCCAUUAGAGGUGGAUGUUGAUAGGUCUACAGGGAGUAACUCCCCAUUUGAAGGACGUUAUGGAACUGGACGCCCGCUUAAUCCAGGAAGAUUGGCUUCAGAAAAGCUAGGCACGCUCGCCAGCAUAAACAACCUCGCAGUAGCGCUUCGCCUGCAAGGAAAGUACGUUAAUAGUCAUCUUGUCCGGGCCGAGGAUGAUAAUGACAUCCCAAUCAACCCUACUGGACCCAUCCAAAAGAUUAUCGAUAGCGCGUCCGCUGCUAGUAAUAUCCAGGUUAACCGCGCUGGCGUCUUCGAUCGUGCUCUGGACUCAUCGCCGAUGACCAACUUUAACCCGGCUAACCUGCCCGGUACAGUGGACAUACCUGGCCUGUCUAUGGCAGCCCUGAGUAAUCAUGGCUUUCCCUCGACAUACACCCCCCUCAGCGACUACGAGCCUAUCGUGACACCCACCUAUCCAUUCGAUACAUUAGUGUCGACACCAAACAUGCAGUAUGUCCCACCUAUAUUAGCGGUAUCUCCUCACAACUCUAGCACGCCAAUCGUCCCGGCUGCUGCGCUAUCAAUCCAUAGCGCACCAUCACGACCACAGCGCACUCGCAAUCUUCAGGUGAAGCCCAUUGAAGUUCCUCUGUCUAGUUUGGGCAGCCAGUUUCGGCACUCAAAGUACGAGUACGACAGUGAUUAG